AUGGCGGACCGGCGGCGCGCGUGGAACACGGAGGAUGACCUGCCCGUGUACCUGGCGCGGCCGGGCAGCGCGGCGCAGACCCCGCGGCAGAAGUACGGCGGCAUGUUCGCCGCGGUGGAGGGCGCCUACGAGAAUAAGACCAUCGACUUCGACGCGUACAGCGUGGGCCGCCGCGGCUCCGCGCGCACGCCGCGCAGUGCUGGCCGGCUUGAUGCGGUCGGCCUGCCGGGGCCCGGCGGCAGCGAGGACACGGCCAGCGACGUGAGCGAGCCCUCGGGCUCGGCCGUCAGCUCGCCGGGCGAGCGCGACGACAGACCACCCGCGCUGCGCAUCCGCUGCCCCGCGCCCCGCGACCUGCCACUCGGCCGGGACAAUGGCCAGAGUGACCGACUUCUCAUCAAGGGUGGACGCAUCAUCAACGAUGACCAGUCCUUCUACGCCGACGUCUACCUGGAAGAUGGACUCAUAAAGCAAAUAGGAGAGAACUUAAUUGUUCCCGGUGGAGUGAAGACCAUUGAGGCCAAUGGGCGGAUGGUUAUUCCUGGAGGUAUUGAUGUCAACACCUACCUGCAGAAGCCCUUCCAGGGGAUGACGGCUGCUGAUGACUUCUUCCAAGGGACCAAAGCAGCGCUGGUGGGCGGGACCACAAUGAUCAUUGACCAUGUUGUUCCUGAACCUGGGUCCAGCCUGCUGACCUCCUUUGAGAAAUGGCAUGAAGCAGCAGACACCAAAUCCUGCUGUGACUACUCCCUCCACGUGGACAUCACCAGCUGGUACGAUGGCGUUCGGGAGGAGCUCGAGGUCCUGGUGCAGGACAAAGGAGUCAAUUCCUUCCAGGUCUACAUGGCUUACAAGGAUCUCUACCAAAUGUCCGAUAGCCAGCUCUAUGAAGCCUUCACCUUCCUUAAGGGGCUGGGAGCUGUGAUUCUGGUCCACGCAGAAAAUGGCGAUUUGAUAGCUCAGGAACAGAAGCGGAUCUUAGAGAUGGGCAUCACGGGUCCUGAGGGCCAUGCUCUGAGCAGACCUGAAGAGCUGGAGGCCGAGGCCGUGUUCCGGGCCAUCACCAUCGCGGGCCGGAUCAACUGCCCUGUGUAUAUCACCAAGGUGAUGAGUAAGAGCGCGGCGGACAUCAUCACCCUGGCCAGGAAGAAAGGCCCCCUCGUUUUUGGUGAGCCCAUCGCUGCCAGUCUGGGGACGGAUGGCACCCAUUACUGGAGCAAGAACUGGGCCAAGGCGGCGGCCUUUGUGACCUCCCCUCCCCUGAGCCCGGACCCCACCACGCCUGACUACUUGACCUCCCUACUGGCCUGUGGAGACCUGCAAGUCACGGGCAGCAGCCACUGUCCCUACAGCACCGCGCAGAAGGCGGUGGGCAAGGACAACUUCACUCUGAUCCCUGAGGGUGUCAACGGGAUAGAGGAGCGCAUGACCGUGGUCUGGGACAAGGCGGUGGCUACUGGCAAGAUGGAUGAGAACCAGUUUGUCGCUGUUACCAGCACCAACGCAGCCAAGAUCUUUAACCUGUACCCCAGAAAAGGGCGGAUUGCCGUGGGCUCGGACGCCGACGUGGUCAUCUGGGACCCAGACAAGGUGAAGACCAUAACAGCCAAGAGUCACAAGUCGGCCGUGGAGUACAACAUCUUUGAAGGCAUGGAGUGCCACGGCUCCCCGCUGGUGGUCAUCAGCCAGGGCAAGAUCGUCUUCGAGGAUGGCAAUAUCAACGUCAACAAGGGCAUGGGCCGCUUCAUUCCCAGGAAGCCCUUCCCCGAGUACCUCUACCAGCGUAUAAGGAUCCGGAACAAGGUUUCUGGGUUGCAAGGGGUUCCCAGGGGCAUGUAUGACGGGCCUGUGUACGAGGUGCCAGCCACACCCAAAUAUGCAACUCCCGCUCCUUCUGUCAAAUCCUCGCCUUCCAAACACCAGCCUCCACCCAUCAGAAACCUCCACCAGUCCAACUUCAGCUUAUCAGGCGCCCAGAUAGAUGACAACAACCCGCGGCGCACCGGCCACCGCAUCGUGGCGCCCCCUGGCGGCCGCUCCAACAUCACCAGCCUUGGGUGA